AUGGCACUUAAUCCGAUCGACCGAGUGGAAGACCCACCAUCCGACCGCGAAAAGAAACAUGAAUACUAUGGAGAAACACCCCCUACAUACGAUGACCCGUUUGGAGAUGAAGAAUUCGCAGAGGUCAAGUACCGAACUUUACACUGGUGGUAUGCGUUCCUCUUGGUCAUGAUCGCCGAGACUAUUUCGCUGGGCAUCUUAUCACUCCCAUCAGCCAUGGCGGCGCUCGGCCUCGUUCCAACCGUGAUACUUAUUAUCGGUCUCGGCUUAGUCGCUACAUACACAGGUUACGUCCUCGGCCAGUUUAAGCUGCGAUACCCUCAUGUCCAUAGUAUGGCGGAUGCCGGUGAAGUCUUGUUAGGUCGAGUCGGUCGCGAGGUCUUGGGCACCGCUCAGUUGAUUUUUCUGAUCUUUAUUAUGGGUAGUCAUAUUCUGACAUUCAUUGUCAUGAUGAAUACUCUAACGGAGCAUGGGACCUGCUCUAUUGUCUUUGGCAUAGUCGGCAUGAUCAUAUCGUUCGUCUGUACCUUACCACGGACGCUGAAGAAGGUAUCCUGGCUUUCGAUCUCUUCAUUUAUCAGUAUCGUCGCCGCCCUCCUAAUCACCAUGAUCGCCAUCGGGAUCCAACGUCCAGGCGACGGCAAAAUCGACGUAACAGUCGACACCAACCUAUACAAGGGCUUCUUAGCCGUGACCAACAUCGUCUUCGCCUACGCUGGCCACGUCGCCUUCUUCGGCUUCAUCUCCGAGAUGAAGACACCAACCGAUUACCCCAAAACCCUCUACAUGCUCCAAGCAACAGACACAAGCAUGUACACGAUCGCAGCCCUCGUAAUCUAUCGUUACGGCGGCAGGGACGUAGCAUCCCCCGCCCUGGGCUCGACCAGUACUCUAGUCUCCAAGAUCGCCUAUGGGAUCGCCAUCCCAACGAUCGUGAUAGCCGGGGUGAUCAACGGCCACGUAGCCUGCAAGUAUAUCUACGUUCGACUCUUCCGCAAUACAGAUCGCAUGCACAAGCGGAAUCUGGCUUCUAUUGGGUCAUGGAUCCUCAUCGGGUUGGUGCUGUGGACGUUGGCGUGGAUUAUUGCCGAGGCGAUUCCUGUGUUUAACAACUUGUUGAGUUUGAUUACGGCGCUGUUUGCGAGUUGGUUUACUUAUGGGAUGAGCGGGAUAUUCUGGCUCUUCUUGAACAAGGGCAGAUACACCUCUUCGCCGCGGAAGAUAUUCUUGACUGUGGUCAAUCUGAUUAUUGUUGGUAUUGGUGGAUGUUUGUGUGGAUUGGGAUUGUACGUGUCGGGGAAGGCUCUUCAUGAUAAUCCAAGUAGCGCCAGCUUCUCGUGCGCCAACAAUGCAUGA